UAGAAAUAUUCGUUCGCUGUCUUCUUCCUCUUCCUCCUCUCAAAUCGGCUACAGCCAUUGGAAAAGCUAAAGCCUUUUCGUAAUUUCUGGAAGUUUCUGCAGUCGGUUUUCACGGUUUCGUAGAUUGAGGUGGAUUUGUGAUUCUGGGUCAGAAGUAAGAUAGUGGAAUAUAAAUUCAUGGAUUCGGAUCAAGGAAAGCUUUUUGUCGGUGGUAUUUCAUGGGAAACUGAUGAAGAUAAGCUGAGAGAACAUUUCACCAACUAUGGAGAGGUUUCUCAGGCUAUUGUGAUGAGAGACAAGCUCACAGGUCGACCUAGGGGUUUUGGGUUCGUUAUCUUCUCGGAUCCUUCUGUUCUCGAUAGGGUUCUUCAAGAGAAACACAGCAUUGAUACCAGAGAGGUUGAUGUGAAGAGAGCCAUGUCAAGAGAGGAGCAGCAAGUCUCUGGAAGAACUGGGAAUCUUAAUACAUCUAGAAGUUCUGGAGGUGAUGCUUACAAUAAAACCAAGAAGAUCUUUGUUGGAGGCUUGCCACCUACUUUGACUGAUGAAGAGUUUCGCCAGUACUUUGAAGUUUAUGGCCCUGUGACUGAUGUUGCAAUCAUGUAUGACCAGGCUACCAACCGUCCUCGUGGGUUUGGAUUUGUUUCCUUCGACUCUGAAGAUGCGGUAGACAGUGUUUUGCACAAGACUUUCCAUGAUUUGAGCGGUAAACAAGUUGAAGUAAAGCGUGCUCUUCCUAAAGAUGCCAAUCCUGGAGGUGGUGGACGAUCAAUGGGUGGUGGUGGCUCUGGUGGUUACCAGGGUUAUGGUGGCAAUGAAAGCAGUUAUGAUGGACGUAUGGAUUCCAAUAGGUUUUUGCAGCAUCAAAGUGUUGGAAAUGGUUUACCAUCUUAUGGUUCUUCUGGUUAUGGCGCUGGCUAUGGAAAUGGUAGUAAUGGUGCCGGGUAUGGUGCCUAUGGAGGUUACACUGGUUCUGCUGGAGGUUAUGGCGCUGGUGCUACUGCUGGAUAUGGAGCAACGAACAUUCCAGGUGCUGGCUAUGGAAGUAGUACUGGAGUUGCUCCGAGAAACUCAUGGGACACUCCAGCUUCUAGUGGUUAUGGGAACCCAGGCUAUGGGAGUGGUGCUGCUCAUAGUGGAUAUGGAGUUCCUGGUGCAGCUCCUCCUACGCAGUCACCAUCUGGCUAUAGUAACCAAGGCUACGGUUAUGGAGGGUACAGUGGAAGUGAUUCUGGUUAUGGAAAUCAAGCUGCAUAUGGUGUGGUUGGAGGGCGUCCUAGUGGUGGCGGUUCAAACAACCCUGGUAGUGGUGGCUACAUGGGAGGUGGUUAUGGUGAUGGAUCUUGGCGAUCUGACCCGUCACAAGGUUAUGGUGGUGGGUACAAUGAUGGUCAGGGUCGACAAGGCCAGUAGUGACUGUGUAAGGGGAUUAUGACCGCCCUGGUUUCUGGAUCCUUGUCAAGAAGAAUUUAGCUCAAAUCAAAGGUUCCACAACUUCCUAACGGGUUGGACUGCUUGAAUCUCUUUAUAAGCAUGUGCUAUCUAUUACAAUAAGUCACUUCUAUUAAGUUAUUUUUCGGUUGAGUGUACUUUUGAGUUUUGGCAGAGUUAUUAUAACUACAGGCUUUGCUGUUUUCGUAUUAUGUUUGUCUUCCUAGUAUUCUUGCCGGAUUGUUUGUUUUGAUUGUGUUAUUUUGUUUUGGCCCUGAUGGAUAUAACUUAAGCAGGGAAUAAUGCUUCAGGGUACUUGUUAAGAAAGCAGAUGGUGAGAGCAGAACUCGAUGGAGGACUUAUCAAGGGCUGCUUGAGUUCUUAGGUGGGGCAACGACUCAUCGAGGUUGAAUUCAAGGUCUGCUCCUACUCCGAGUUGAGGUAAUCACUUGAAGAACGAAGAGGCAAGGUGUUAUCAGUAUGUGAGCUACUAGGUUCUUUUGUGAGGGGUGAGAUUGAAACAAACAUAGAUAGGCACACACUGUGAUAGCACAAGGCAGAGCCACAUUGUUAAAAUAUCUUUUGGGAUUACGGGGUUUGAUCCGUAAUGAUGGAUAUUAGGAUACCAAAUUCUCAUAAUUAUAGAUAGAAACUAGUGGAAACUCAACAGUACAAAGCUUAUCUUGAGCUGUGAAACUCAAAGUUACAAAUACGUGAAAGCUAAUUUAAUUUAUUCAGAAGUAGUUGCUUUAACCAACUUGUUUACGUGAGACAUCCAUGCAAUGCAACUACAAUCUUCUUCUCAUUUAGCUCAGUGGUGUCCAAACCAGCCAACACCAAAGCCCCAUCCUUUACCUUUUCCAAUGCCGCCUCCAAUACCACCACCUUUGCCUAUUCCGCCGCCAAAGCCCCAUCCUUUACCUUUUCCAAUGCCGCCUCCAAUCCCACCACCUUUGCCGAUUCCACCACCAAAGCCUCCACCUUUACUAAUGCCACCUCCAAAACCACCGCCUUUGCCUAUUCCGUGGCCGAAAAUGCCUCCACCUUUACCAAUGGCACCUCCAAAACCACCACUUCCCCGGCAGCGAUUCCACCUCCUUUGCCAAAUCCUCCACCAAAACCACCUCCAAAGCCCUUUCCUCCGCCUAUGAUGGUCUUCUCCUCUUCAUCUUUUCCAAAGGUCACACCUUCUCUUGCAGCCACAUAAUUCACCACAAAAACAUUGAACCACAACAAAGCCAAGAGAGCAGCUCCGUUAACAACGAGACUCCCCAUCUCUUUUGUUUUUUUUGUAUGUAUUAAGUUAUGUUUGUUUUUGUAUAAGCCAAG